AUGGAAUUCGUCAAGAAGUUGAGCAAAAAGAAAAUUUUCCAACAUACUAACAUGGAACCAUCGGAAUUUUACACCAGUAUGCUCGUUAUUCCAAACAAAAUUGCCGCCAUCGUGGGGCUGGAUGUGUUCAGCAAGGACUACAAGACUGUUUCAGCCAAUUUGAUGGGUUUAAUCAGUAUCUACGUGCUGUUUGCCUACGUUUCGGUUUGCACUGUUGUUGAGGUUCGCCAUGACGUCAAUGAUUUGAUCUAUUGCCUCGUCACGGUUGGAAUUGGACUGCAAGGAGUGAUGAAAAUUUUCACGUUCUUAAGAUAUCGUAAAGAUUUGGUUUGGAUCCAAGAUUACAGCAAGGCAUUGUAUAAGGAAGAAGGUGAAACUCACAGAGCUGUACUAAUGGACGACAUAACGAUUAUGAAUGUUUUGACCAAAAUCAUUCUUGGGUUCUACGGCUUUACGAGCGUUUUCAUGCUUUUGGCACCGAUGAUUAAAACGUAUUUAACUGGACACAAGUACUUGACGUUUGGAUUUUGGCUGCCGUACAUUGAUCGCUUCUCAUGGUUGGGUUAUUUCUGUAACUUUGUGAUGCAAUUUAUCAUGUCAGUGGUAAUAACAUCCGAAAAUAUGGGCCCGGAUACUAUUUAUUUCAUGACAAUGAUGAAUUCUGUAACUCAAAUUGACCUACUUAUGAUUAAACUUCGAGAUGUCUGUAAUAAAAUUGAGAAUCAUGACUUCAAUAUUAAAGAGGACCUGAAAGAUAUCUUCAAACGACAUCAGGAACAUCUUUUAUACGUUCGAAAUGUUGAGAAAAUUUAUAGAAGUUACUUUUUUGUUUUAUUUUCGAGCCUGGGAGCAACACUGGUUCUGGUUCUGUAUGCAAUAGUAACGCGUGCAUGGAUCGCAGGUUACACAUCGUGUAUUUUCAUCAUUUAUGAAUUUUUCAUCUUUUGUUACUUACCAACCUUGCUGGAAAUGAAGAAAGAGAAACUCCAACAGGAAAUCUACAACCUGCCGUGGUACAAGAUGACGACCUCGGACCAAAAGUCGGUGCGUCUGUUCCUGGAGGCAACCCAACAGCCCAACUGUCUGACAAUGAUUUUCUACCCGAUGAACAUGCCCUCAUUUAUGGAAGUUAUGAAAAUUAUCUACAGCAUUCUGACACUGUUGCUCACGAUUAGAAAUGAAUGA